AUGAAGGAACCUGACCUUUGGCCCGUAAAAUGUUCAUACGAUCCUAUUGACAUGCCAAUUAAAUUCAACCACGACGGAUUAUCUUGCUUUCAGUUUUUAAGGGACGAAUGCCGAUAUCUCCCGUUUUUAUACCAAGUCCCUAUUCUACGCAACUGCAAUGUCAUCUACCCGACAGGACUGAGAAUAGAUUGGCCGACAUUUAUACCUGCCGCAGCACAAUCUAUGCAUUGGAAAGAAGCAGAGGAAACAGCUACGGCCCUGAUAAAUGAGGUUACCGGCUUGAAGUCGCGUGCGGAAGGAUCCUUACCCUCGGAGUUGGAAGACUUUGACUCGAAAGCAUCCAAGCGGAAGGAACUUAUCGACACGACCAUUUCUGCUUCGAUACAUAUAUUUCCCGCAGGGAAUGUUCAACGGGCAAAGUUGAUCGCCAAGGCCAACUUAAUCAUUGCAAUGCACGACGGUAAUAUCACUCCCUUCAACUACAAGCUGAAAUUCGGAAUAGGUUUCUCCAUGUAUCUGUUAUCUGUUAUGGGCUCUCUUAUAAUACAAUCGUAUGAAAUGAGUGCUGACUCGAUUAUAGACGUUAUUGAAUCUAAAUUCGGCUUGAAAAAGACAAUCGUCGACACUCCAAUCUUCAAACGCUUUGCAGGCGAAGUUAUCGAGGAAGAUCCCGUCGUUGGACCCGAGCUCGUUAAAGGAAUAACGAGUUGGGUCAAACAUACACGCGAGAAACCACCUAGCUCGAUGGAGUUCAAGUCGCUCAGUGCUUAUAUCGACUACCGUAUCUUGGACUUCGCAGUGGACUAUUGCGAGGCAGCUAUAAUGUUUACUUGUGAGAUUACCCGAUCUCGAAAGGAGCUGUCACGUCUCACAAAAAUACGUAAGCUCGUAUGGACACAUCUAUCAUUGGUCAACGAUCUGUACUCGUACGAAAAAGAGAUGUGCGCCGAAAGGAAAAAGGGCGACGUAGUCAUCAAUGCGGUUAGGGUUUUGGAAAAUCUCCUCGCAAUCUCAUCUCGGGAGGCGAAAGUGAUUCUUCGAGGGUAUAUAUGGAACCUUGAAGUUGAAAUCAACGAAGAGUACCGACAAGCCUUAUACCCUUACGGUUCAACUGGUAAGGAAUGGCGGUUUGUGGAAGGCAUGAUGUUAGCGAUGGCAGGAAAUCUCUUUUUCUCCGCUACUUGUCUGAGAUAUGCGAAACCAACAUUAGAGUGUGUUGGAAGUGGAGUGGCGGAUCAGAGAAGGUAA